UCCACAGCCGUGAAGCAGGCGAUUGAGCAUGUGUGGAGUGUGUAUAGGCGGCGCCAGUGGCUCGAGGAGCAAAUCAGUGCGGCAGAGAAGGCAGCCUCCAGGAAUGACCUAGGCCAUCUCCUCUCAGUUGAACAGGAGUUUCAUGAGAUUCACCACUAUUUUCAACAGGCCUUCAGCUCUCCCCACGAAUACCGCAUUCCGGAGACUGACGUGCUGCUUUCGUUUACCGAAAUCUGUGAAGCUGUGCGUCAGCUCAAGCCGGGCAAGGCAGUGCCGGAAGCUAGCUUGCCGGCGGACAUUUGGCUACUGCAACCAGAGGGGGUGGCUAAGCUUAGUGCUCAGGUCUUCCAACGCAGCCAUGCAAGGUUGGUCGUAGGCCGCAGGAUCUGCGGCCACUGGGACUACAGGCGGGUUGAAGGGCUUAAGAAGCAUAUCAAUGGUGGAUGCCCUGCGCGGGUAGGUGUCGCUUUUGAGGAACGUCGGCCGCUUUUUGCAACCUCAGCUUUCUGUUCCAUGCUUGCCGAGAGCUGGCGCCGGCUCAUGCAUCAGACUGAGUGGCAGCAUGCGACCGCCGCUGCUGAUCGAAUCAAUAGCCUGGGUCUAGACCUCCGGCUCAGAGGGAAUUUUUUUUUGAAGAUGACGGACACCGAGAUGACGGAGGAGACUCGAGCCACCUUGGCCCAGACGGAGAUCGACCUGGUCUUCGGGCAGCCCAAGAACAAGCCCGAGAAGGAGCAGGACCAGUCGUGGGCGGAACAAGCCAAGGACUGGAAGGAGGACGGUCUCGACUCAGAUCGGCCUUCCAAAUGGGGCAAGAAAGACGGGGGCAAGGGAGCUUGGCGCCCUUGGAACUCGGGGAGCGGCUCCAACCCGAAGAGACAGUGGGAGCCGAGCUCGAAGAAUCAGGAGAACCGUGCCUCCCUGGACCCACAGGUGCAGGCCUUCCUGACGACGGUCACCCGAGCAGUCCUACGGCACGAAGCCGACCUCACCCUUCUCCGCGCAGACACCAGCUACGUACUCUUCAUCGAUAUUUCGGAACACUCGUGCCUGCAAAGGGUGAAAGAUGCAGCGAGUCACUGGCAGGAACUCUUCACGGCCGGCACGGUCAGCAUGGCCCUCAAGACUGCCCUGCUGGGCGGCAUCGUCAAGGACCUAAAGGAGAAACUGGAGGAGGCCUACAUGAACCUGGAUUUCUGCGAGUGGAAGCCCCGCUGGAACCAGUCGAGGCUCGGCCUAGGCACGGCACUUCCUCUUGCUAAGCUUUGCAACCCAGCCGGUAUGAACCUCUGCUACGCCAACUCCUGCAUGCAGGCUUUAUUUUGGUUACGGGAACUUGCUGGCCCGGUGUUGCAGCUUGCAUCAUCAGCACAGGCCCCAGCGGAUCUUCGGAACAACCGCGAUGUGGUCCUGGCCUGCAUCAGCCACGAUGCCGCCUGCUUGGCCCAUGCGCCAGAGGCCCUGCGCUCGGAGCGAUCCUUCCUGCUGGAUGCAGUGCAGCGGCAUCUCCGAGCCCUGGAGUUCGCCGGGGGCUUUCGGGAGGACACAGAGAGUAGGAAGCGAUCUGAGAGGUGA